UCGGAGGCAGCUGGCAGCAGCUUGGGAAAGCUCGGACUUGAGCGGCCUGCGGGACUCUCCCUCCGCAGAUGUGUUUGGAGAUGGUUGCAUCCUGUAACUACGCGUGUGCGUGGCGCUCAAGGAACGUCGUGAUCCUGCGAUGAAGAGUUAAAGCUUGGGGUUUCUUUGAUUGCCCGAGUCCCUGCAACUGUCAGCAGUAACUGCGGCGGGUCCCGCGCGCCCUUCUCUCUCCUCUUCCAGCCUGUCCGCGCUUUUGCUAAGAUGGCAACACGUGACAGUUCUGCAACCACGACCCAGGUUGGAAGAGGAGAUGGAGCGAGCAUCGUCCAAGAAAGGGAAGGCUGGCUGACCUCGGCUUUCCGAGCAGCUAACGGCCAUAGUAGUCACGGAAGUUCUAAAAGACUCUUGAUCCCCCGCUUUGGGCCACGCCUAUGAUGGGUACAGCAGUUCACUCCUCUGAAGUGACUUCAUUCACCCAGUCCUCAAAAAAUGUUGUCUUCCCUCCCCAGAUACAGUCCUUUCAUAGAAGAGGACUCGAUUCCUUUUGCCCUCUUACCACUUUCAAGAAUUUGUGACCAUGAACACUGUAACAAUAAUCUGCUAAUAUUAGUGGCUGGAGGACUGAUCAGGGACUGGAAGGUGAAGUGCACCACUGCCUUGACUCUAUGGAACUUGAUAAUCAAAUGCAGAAUUCAAUUGCUGACCAAGCCCUGUUUAUAUUUAUAGCUAAAAGAACCUGUACCACCAUCUUUAUAUAGAAGAAUUAAAUACAGGGAAGAGAGACAGCUGCGAAUGAAGACUAUAAAAGAAAAGAAGAAAGAAUGCCAAAGAUUGAGAAAAUCUGCCAAGACUAGAAGUGUAAUCCAGAGGAAGCUGUCUUCAGGGCCUGUUUGUCGACUAUGCCUCCAAGAACCUGGGGAUCCUGAAAAAUUAGGAGAAUUUCUUCAGAAAGACAAUCUUAGUGUACAUUAUUUUUGUCUUAUCCUAUCUAGCAAACUGCCUCAGCGGGGCCAAUCUAACAGAGGUUUCCAUGGAUUCCUGCCUGAAGACAUUAAAAAGGAGGCAGCCCGAGCUUCUAGGAAGAUCUGCUUUGUGUGCAAGAAAAAGGGAGCUGCUAUCAAGUGCCAGAAGGGUCAGUGCACUAGAAAUUUCCAUCUGCCUUGUGGCCGAGGAAGGGGUUGCCUUUCGCAAUUUUUUGGAGAGUACAAAUCAUUUUGUGGAAAACACCGCCCAACCCAGAACAUCCAACAGGGAAAAGUAGAAGAGGAAAGCUGUGUGUUGUGCUGUGAAGACUUAUCCCAAUCAAGUGUUGAGAAUAUACAGAGCCCUUGCUGUAGUAAAGCCAUCUACCACCGCAAGUGCAUUCAGAAAUAUGCCCACACCUCAGCAAAGCAUUUCUUCAAAUGUCCCCAGUGUAACAAUCGAGAAGAAUUUCCUCAAGAAAUGCUAAGAAUGGGAAUUCAUAUCCCGGACAGAGAUGCUGCCUGGGAACUGGAGCCCGGGGCUUUCUCAGAGUUAUACCAGCGCUAUCAGCAUUGUGAUGCCCCCAGCUGUUUGUAUGAACAAGGCAGAGACAGCUUUGAGGAUGAAGGGAGGUGGCGUCUCAUUCUGUGUGCUACCUGUGGAUCCCAGGGAACCCAUAGGGACUGCUCCUUUCUUAGACCCAACAGCAAGAAAUGGGAGUGUGAAGAAUGUUUAUUCUCUGCUUCAGCCACAGACUACAUAUCUGAAAAUUCAAGUGACAUCCCCUCCUGCAGCAGCACCUUACACUCCCAGGAGCAUUCUUGUAGAGACCCCAGCCUGGACAAGAAUCCAGGCCCUUCUUGAACCAAUAUUAGGACAGCCAGAGUCCCCUGGUAGCAGAAGUGGCCAUUUCUGAUCGUCCAAGUAUGUCAAAAUCACUAAGAGCUGCAAAAACUCCAAGUAACAGCUUCUGAGUAGUUUCUGCCAAGCAUAUGUUGAGUAUGAAGCAGCACUGCUUGUCAGCUUUGAGGGAAGGAGCACUUUGGGCCAGUGAGAUGAGGAAAGGGGCCAACAUGGAGAGUGUGAGCCAAGAAAAAGAAGUCCCAGGGGAGCAUGAAGAGUGCAGAGUCCAGAUGCCAGCAGUGCGUGUUUGUGGCCCUGAGAAGGCCUCUGCUCUUUCUCACCAAUUCAUUCUUCUCCCACCCAGACUUUUCCACCAUAAUCUGGUGUUCUCACACCUCUUCUUACUUCACUCAUGUUUGUUGUUACACAAAUAAAGCUUUC